GCAACAUUUUCCUGAGAACGGGAGUAGGGAAAUAGCGGAAAACGUACCAGAUUGAUCUCGUUUGUUUCUAGAAAUCAUUAUGAGCUCGUUUCCGAUGCGGUUUUUUUCUGUCAGUUUGCUAAUUGACAAAUAGAACUACGUUUGUUUUAAGCUAGGUCCAAGAAAACCAAGUAACCAUCGGCUUUACUGUAUAAAAAAAAAUGCCGUCUGAAAUAAAACAGCGAAAGAAGACUCAAACAUCAAAACAAAACUCCGACGAACUUUUGGAAACGUCCUCUGAGAAGGGUAAAGAUGAGAAAGUGAGGACGGAGGACAACUAUAGAGUAAAUAAAAACUCUUCGGGCUUCGAUGUGAAAAGUUUAAUGUGCUUAUUGUCGAUUGUAGUUUGCGGAGUCCUGAGCUGGGUGGUGAUGCAGCAGAAUGAGAGGUUCUCUCAAAUAGAGGAAAAAUACAAAACUCUGCACGGAAAGACUUCCAGCCUGUUGGACUCUGAGGAAGCGAUAGCUAAAAUAUAUAAAAAGCUUGCCGCGUCCGAAGAAGACCUCCAGGAGGCGCUCUCCACCGUCUCUUUGGCAACAAGGCUCCAGCAGGACGUCUCCACCCUCCACGCUGCCAUUGCGGCGAUGCAGAGCGACGAGAACUCCGCCUCCCGCGACCUGCAGUCAGUCAACGCUCACUUCCUGGACGUGACGGAGACGUGGCAGGGGAGGCUGGCCGCCGUCGCCUCGGACCUCACCGCCAUCAAGGCCAAGGCGAGGGAGGCUCACGCCGGGGCCACGGAGCGCGUGAACGAGGCCGAGCGGAGGACCCGGACGCUGGCGGAGAGGCUGGAGGAGCUAGAGGACAGCACGAGGAGGAACGCCCGAGCCCUGGAGCGCACCGAGGGGGACGACGUCCGGCGAGCGCAGGACCAGCUGGACUGGAACACCGGGCAGAUCCACAAACUGGAGGAGCAGAUCAGCAUCCUGAGCAAGAAGGAGGCCGAGCUGAGCUCCCAGCUCCAGGAGCACGUUCCCCGGGCGGAGGCCUGUGAGGAGCACCUGCCGCAGGUGGAGGAGGCGGUACGCUCCAUCCUGAAACUGAGCGGCGAUCUGAGCGGGGCGGAGAGGCGGCUGGAGGAGGUGACGCUCCAGGUGUUCGGGACGGAGGACAGCAUGCUGAAAGCACUGAGCGAGAUCCUGGAGAUCCGGCAGGAGCUGGACAUGCUGCAGGCUCAAAACAGCAUCAUGAAGAUGAAGAACGAACUGUCUGUGGUGAAGGAGGCGGUCCGCGAACUCACCAUGGUGCUGAGAGACGGUCYGGUUGAUACCCAAAUGGACUCUGAGACUUUGGAUGAAGAGGAGCAGAAUGAACCAACAGAAUAUCCUCAGGAUGAUUUUACUGAAUGAUCAGUUUCCAGUCUUUGUUGUACAAGGUCAUGUUUGGUCCAAUAUUAGCUGUUUUUUAAACAUUUUUUACACGGCAAGCAUUUCAUCGUCAAGUUAUUAAAUAAAACACUUUUUCUGUUUUU